AUGAAAUAAUCAUAAGUAAACAAAUUUCUCGCAAAUAUGACAAAUAGACAAUAUCUAUAGAGUGUAGCAUCUCCUACUACAACUGCCCCUAGCAAACACAAAAAGAAUGGCAGCUCAACUAUCAUAACAGGAAAUAAAUAUUUGGUAUAUGCUAAACAUUCUUCCAGACUAUUCAAAGAUUCUUCUUCUAAACUUCCACUCUUGACAACAGUUAUGAAAACAGAAUCUUAAGAUAUUCCUAAAACAGCAAUUGUAAGAACACGUAAAACAAGUGCAAAUUUAGGAGACUUUCGCAUUACAUAAUUACAUCAUAGAAAUAAAACUGAGACUAUUCUAGUUUAAAAUAACUUUAAUAUUUCUAAAUAAGAGGAACUUAAAGAUAAUUUUGAGGAAAUACAAAAAGAUGUAUAACCUCAAAUACCUUAAGUUUAGAAAUAAAUUGAAUAAAUAUAAUAAUAACCUCUUACUACAUCUCUUAUAAGUGAAUCAAUUAAAUUUUAGCCAAAAGUACAUUUAGCAGAGGUUUUAGGUGAAUAAUAUCAUUUUACAUAAAUUAACUAUAAUAGCUCUAAAAUUACUAAAAUUGAUAUUAAAUAAUAGAUUAAUGAAAUUGAAUCAUUAAAUGAAAAGAGUUGUCAUUUAAUGAGAAAACUUGCAUAAUUAUUAAAUACACAUAGAGAAAAAUAAACUUUAGUUGAUCUUGAAAUAAAAAAAAAAAAAGAAUUUCUUAAUUUAACAGAUCGUGUAUUUACUUAAACAUUAAGUAAUAUGCCUGAUGAAAGAACUCCAAAAAUUAAUGAAUCUAAAUUUAAUUAAAAAUUAAGUACUAUUGCAAAGAAACAAUCAAAAAUUAAUUAUAAUUAUAGUGUUUAAGAAACUGAAUCUCUUACUCCUUUAAAAACUAUUGUAGAAGCUUUAAAAGAUAAAAAGAAUGAUAGGAAAGAUAAUAAAGAUAAAAGUAAGAUUGAACUUUAAUAGAUAACUCAAUAAAUUUCAAAUAAAAAACUAAAAAUUACAGUUAUAUAUGAAGAAAAUGAAUAAUAAAUAGAAUUUUAAUUACCUAGUUAUAUAAAUGAAAUUUAGCCAUACCAAGAAUAAAUUGAAAUUAAAGAAACUAAAUAAUCUAAUAUUUAUUCUUUAGUUUCAAAAUAAAUGCUUCAAAAGUAAACGAUGUCCCAAUAUUUUCUAGCAAAUUUGCUUUGAGAUUAGUCAAAAAAUUUGGAGAUAGAGUCAUUUAAACUUAAGAAGAUAAUGAUGCUAUUGAAAAUUUCAAUUCUUUUAAAGCAUGUUAAUUUACAAGAUAUUAUUUAUAAAAUCACGUUUAAAAAUGUUUAGAAACUAAAUAUGAAACAAGAGUUGAUAAUGAUAAUAUUUAAAAUAAUAAAAAUGAAAUAUUUGACUAUCCUGUUUGUUAAGAUACUUAUUAUGAAAUGCUCAGUAAAAGUACUGGAUAAGUUGGAGUAGAUCAGUAUAAUAUUUAUAUCAAUGUAAAUAUAUCUUCAAUAUAAGAAAAGCAAAACUAAAAAACUAUAUGAAAUUCAUAAUAUCUUUUAUUAAGUUUCUUAAAGAUAUUUUGAAAUCCAUUAAGUUGAUAAUAGUAUAUUAAGUCCUUCUGGUUCAUAAUUAGAUUUAAGUGAUAUUGAAAUGCAAAAUUACUUUAAAAUUAAUUACAUUUAUUAUGCUUUAAAUUUAGUUUCAAUAAAUGAUUUAAAAUAAGCUGAAUUAAGAGUAAUUGUCAAUACUAUAGAUGAUGAAACCAAAAAUAAGUUCCUACAUGAAGAAUUAAUGAAAUUUCCAGAAAUUACAAAUACUAUAAUUCAAAAUUAAGAUAAUCUUGAUAUCCAAUGUAUCAAUGUUUUUUAUAAAGAGAGUUAUAAUUGAUCAAUCAAUUAGAAAUCCAAUUGGCUUCAAGAGAUUAAACCAUAAUCAAAAAUUAAUUUUCAAAUAAGUUUAGUUUUAUUUAGGUUGGUUUAUUUGAAGAUUAUUUUAGUCAUUAAAUUAAUGCCCUAGAAAAAAUAUAUAUCGAAUAUUGUAAAACUAUGAGAGAUCUUGAUAAAUUCAAUACUAAAGAUAGAAUCAAAACUGAACAACCUUCUAAUCUAAAUAUACCUUCUAUGUCUAGAAGCAGACUCCAAUCUCCAACAGGCUCUGUAUUUAUAUUAAAUUAUAAGAAGAGUGAAUCCAAAACCUUAUAGAAAGAGUUAAAUCCAAUGAUAACUAAAGGAUUAUUUUUAAAGAAACACUAAAGACAAAAGAAAUUGUUGACCAAUCAAAAAUUUACUACUUCCACAAAACUCAUACAAGGAAGUACCAGUAAUUUAUAAACUUUAUUACAUGCCAAUACUAAUACAAAUACUAUUUUUAAUCAAUAAAAAACUUAAAAAUUUUAAACUAUAUAAAAAGAUACUGAACCUUAAGUGAAUAAUGAAUCCUAAAGAUAAAUUUAAAUGAAAUAACAUUUUAAUUCAUAAUCAUCUAUGGAUCCUUCUUCCUUGUUAUUUCGAAAUAUGUUAUUAUAAGAAAGCUCUUAGAAUGAUAAAUCAAAUAUUGAAAGAGUCUUCUCCUUAAUUGAAGAUCAUAGAUUAAUAGAUUUAAAAGAUUUACUCCAUCAUGAUCAAAAUAUUAAUAUUAAUACUCAAGAUUAAAAUGGCAAUACAUUUUUAAUAUGGGCAGCUAGAACUGGAGCAAGAGAUGUUAUAUAAUUUUUACUCCGUCAAGGAGCAGAUAUUUCAAUAAAGAAUGUAAUAAUAGUAUAUAAUUAAAAUAGAAUUCUGGAAUAAAUGCUAUAUAAAUGGCUAUAGAUCACUAUUAAUAUCAAGCAGCAGAUGAAAUUAAUAGAUUUGGUAGAUCAAAUUCUUACAUAGCAAAUUGA